CUACGGUGCCUGGCCGUCGAGGACGAUGGGGGCGAUGGGGCCGAGGACGCGGCGGGCCUUGCCGGCCGUCAGGGGGAAUCGCUGGGCGAAGGGCGCGUCAUGGGCCACACCUGCUGCUGACGCCUCGGUGGUAUAGACGGUGACGCUCACUGCACGCAAACGAUAGCGGAUGAUCAGACAACAUGACAGCAAUGAGUACCGUCCUGGUUGUCGCCUGGAGGGGUGCCCAAGGCAAUGUAUGCGAUGAAGGGGUCAUCCGACGAUGUCAAAACAUGCAGCCGCACACACAGCCCAUCGACCGCCUCGUAGUCCAUCACGUGUGAGCAGUCGUCGAAUGGCGUGUGUGGCGGUCGGGUCAGCAUACGAUCCAGAUGGCCGCCACGCUCACUCCUGACACACACAUCCAUGUUUGAAACAGACUACGAGCGACCUGCUCUCUUCAUCCACUUACCGGUCUACCGCCACCAU